GUCUCUCCCUUUUAUCAAUUUUGAGCAAUAUCGUUUGCAUUUUGAAUAUCAAUCAUGGAGAAUUUGAUCAAGCAAUUCUGCAUGCGGAUUUUUCAUGUUGAGGAGGAAAACAAAGCACAAACUUCACGAGUAGUUAAAAACCGUAAGGUUUCAUCUCGAAGGACACGGUCUUUCAAAGAUAGUCGGAGAGGUCAGAGCUGGGGCCGAAAGCUUUCUAGUGAGAUAAGUCUUGAUCAUGAUAAAACGGAAGGUGAUGAGUUUCGAACUGCUGUAGCUGCUGCCGCAUUUGUUGUUAGUUCUAUUGAAAACAAACAUGAUGAAAUAAAACAAGAGCCAAUUUCAAAGUCUAGGAAAACCUUGUCAGAAAUACUAGAGGAGUCACCAAGACCCGAAAUUAGUGAAGAUGUUCCUGGCGGAGCUAUUAAUGUUCCCAUGCCAUCACCCGUGAUUACAACAACAUUGGAAGAGAAUGUCUCAACAACUCCUCCCUUUGACAGAACACCGGCUGAUAACAAACCUGAUGAAGAAACUAGCCAAAAAGAACCCGUAACAAGACUUGGACAAGCAGAUAUAUGGGAGAAAACUGAAAUCGAAAAGAUCACAAAACGGUUCGUGAAUUUGAAGGCAAAAAUACUCGAAUGGGAGAAAAGAAAGAAGUCAAAAGCAAAGAACAAGUUAGCAAGGAGAGAGGGUAAAAUAGAGUGGAAACGAGUUCAAGCGUUGCAAGCUUAUACAAGAAAGAUGGAGAUAAUCGAAAAGAUUUCUAAGGGAGCAAGAUCCCGAAAUGAGGAAAACAUGAAAAAAGAAGAAACUCGGGUCAAAGGGAAAGCUAAUAUGAUUAGAUCGACCAGAAAAAUCCCAAAACCAACAUAUAUAUGUUGUUGAUUCCGAUCCGAAAUGAAACUUUCAGAAUACAACAUAUAGAGUUGUAUCGAAUGUGUUGAAGUUUUACUUGAUGUUUAUUUUAUUUUUAUUUUUGUUGGUUUAUGUGGAUUUGCCUUAAAAGAAAAAGGACAUUUGAUUUGUAUGGAAGUAUUAGUUUUCCCUUGAAGAUGGGUAACAAAGAUAGA